AUGGUCGAGCAGGACGCCCCCUAUGAUCCCUACAUCCCCAGCGGCCAGCAAGGAGGCCAAGGGCAGCAGCAAGGUGGAGGAAACUCGAGGACGCAGGCUCUUCAGGCUCAAAUCGACGACACCGUCGAUGUGAUGCGCGAGAACAUCAACAAGGUCUCGCAGCGAGGUGAACGCCUCGAUGCUCUCCAGGAUAAGACCGACAACCUUGCCGUCUCGGCGCAGGGCUUCAGGCGCGGCGCGAACCGUGUCCGGAAGCAAAUGUGGUGGAAGGAUAUGAAGAUGCGAAUGUGCAUCGGUAUUGGCAUCAUCAUCCUUAUUGUCAUUAUCGUCGUACCAGCGGUCGUCACAUCUCAGAACAAAUAA